UGUCGGUCCCUUCCAUUGUGAAGUGCUGAGUUCCUUCACUCUUUAACUCCUCGGCUGUCAUAGCGGCACUGUCUCGGUGCUCAAGACUGAGGAUGCGCAGAACUAAUGGGUAGCGCUCGGCGCUCCUAGACCCCAACCUCCGGGCGCUCUCAGCGCUGAAGCGCAAUGUGUUGUCCGGCUGUGCUUGGGCCUUGCACAGCCUGCUCACCCCGCCCUCUUACGCUUGUCAGUCCCGGGGAGGAGGUGGGAGCCUCCAGGAGGGACUAGAAGUUUCUAGCAAGGGGGCGUGGGCUUGGACAUGGAAGUUUAGAAUGGACUCUUGAUUCUAGAAGGGAGCUUCCCGCAGAUAACCAUAGAGAGCAAAUGUAAGAGCCGAUUGUGAAAAUUAAUUUGUGGCCAUGGACUCAAAUACCUCCCCCCCAAAGCCAUACUUGAAGUUCGGCUUUAGUUGGUCCUCAAAAGGCUAGUACUUCAUUAUUUUGCAAACGUUUUAUCUGACGCCAAAAUGAAUGUCACUUGGGCGCCAUGUUGGUUAAGGGCAUGCCAGGUACACUCGAUAAACAAUACUAGCACGUCUAUUGGCUAGUAGGCGGGAUUGCGAGAGGACUGCUGAUGUGAUUGGUUGACGCUGUCGGGCCCGGCCCCUUUUCGUUUUUUCGCGGGAGAGGAAGAUUCUGUAUUUGUAUAUAUAUACCGGGGAGCAGUCAGGCCACUAAGUUUCAGAUAAUGGAUGCAAGUAUUGUCGAUCCUGCUGCCCUGACGUUUCCUUUCCCUUACGAACCGUAUCCAAUCCAAGAGCAGUUCAUGGAGAAGCUUUAUCAAGCAUUGGAGGCUGGCAAGGUUGGCAUUUUUGAAAGUCCAACAGGAACGGGAAAAUCUUUGAGUCUGAUCUGCGGGGCCCUGACCUGGCUCCAGGAUUUUGAGACGAAAAAGAGACAAGAAGAGGCUCAAGCACUUUCUGUAGCCGACACAGAGUUGAAAGAAAAAGACACGUCUGCCUCUUCCACAGAACCUGAUUGGAUCGCUCAGUUCGUGCAGAUGAAAGAGGAGAUGGAUAUAAAGAACAAGAUAAAGGAAGAGCAGUUGCGGAGGAAAAAGCGAGAGGAGCAUUUGAAACAAAUGAAACACAAUGUUCAGCUGAAGUUUGCUUCAAAGAGAAAGAGGGAGGAAGAUGAUGAGACAAUGCGCCUUCUGCAGCUCAGUCAGCAGAUCCUUUCUGGUGGAGGGGAGAAGGAAGCACUAGAACUGGAUCAGGAAGAGCAAGAACUGCUCCUUGUUGAAUAUGAAAGUGAUGAGGAGACAAAGAAAGGGCCAGACAGGCUUGAAGACGAGGAAGAUUUGGAAGAAGAGCACGUGACCAAGAUUUACUACUGUAGUCGGACGCACUCGCAGCUCUCUCAAUUUGUCCAUGAGGUUCAGAAGAGUCCAUUUGGCAAGCAGACAAGGCUGGUGUCUCUUGGAUCACGGCAGAAUAUGUGUGUGAAUGACGAUGUCCGAAGGCUGGGAAAUGUUCAGCUCAUCAAUGAUCGCUGCAUGGAGAUGCAAAGGAACAAACAUGAGAAGAAAAACAAGGAGCCAGAAAGGAAAAAAAGGCAAGAGAGCCGUGCCGCUUGUCCUUUUUAUUCCUAUGAACAAAUGCAGUUCUUACGAGAUGAGACUUUGGUUGAAGUUAAGGACAUUGAGCAGCUGGUGUCCCUGGCACGGGAGGUAAAGGCGUGUCCUUACUAUUCAAGCCGCUAUGCCAUACCUACUGCUCAGGUUGUGGUUCUACCAUAUCAGAUGCUCCUCCAUGAAUCAUCAAGGAAAGCUUCAGGGAUCAAACUAAAGGAUCAAGUGGUGAUUAUUGAUGAAGCUCAUAAUCUGAUUGAUACCAUCACCUGCAUGUACAGUUCCCAGGUGUCUGGUGCCCAGCUGUGCCAGGCUCACUCCCAGCUGAUGCAGUACAUGGACAGAUACAGGAGCCGUCUCAAAGCCAAAAAUCUCAUGUAUGUAAAGCAGCUUGUGUUCCUUCUGGAAAAGUUUGUGCAGGUUAUGGGAGGUAACGUCAAACAGAACCCCUCCUUCCAGAAGGUUGCUCAGGAUGGAACGACACUGAAAUCCAUCAAUGACUUUCUGUUUCACAGUCAGAUCGACAACAUCAAUUUGUUUAAGAUCCAGCGAUACUGCACGAAGAGCAUGAUUAGUAGGAAGCUUUCUGGAUUUGUGGAAAAAUUUAAAGGGACAGAGACUUGUCUUGCGAACAAAGAGAGCCAAAAAGCAGGCCUUCAGCAGUUUCUGCAGGAUCUUAGCCAAAAGUCACGGCACACAGUUGGUGCCCCUGAGGGGGCCCUGGAAGACGCAGAGAAUGGGCAACUUCGAACAGCGUCCCCACUCAUGCAGAUUGAAGGAUUCCUCUCUGCCCUAACCAACGCCAACCAGGAUGGCAGAGUCAUCUUACACAUGCAAGGUACUGUGGCUCAGAGCAGCCUGAAGUUCCUAAUGCUGAAUCCAGCAGUGCACUUCGCUGAAGUCCUCAAAGAGUGUCGAUCUGUCAUCAUUGCGGGAGGAACCAUGCAACCGGUUUCAGAUUUUAAACAGCAGCUACUAAUUUCAGCCGGUCUGAGCCCAGAGAGGAUCACAGAGUUUUCCUGUGGUCAUGUGAUCCCUGCUGAAAAUAUACUACCCAUCGUGCUUUGCAGCGGGCCAACCAAUCAGCAGUUAGAGUUCACCUAUCAAAAGAGGGAUUUACCUGAGAUGAUGGACGAAACGGGUCGGAUCCUUACAAACCUGUGCAACUUUGUUCCUGGUGGGCUCGUCUGCUUCUUUCCCUCUUACGAGUACCAGAAACGUAUUCAGGAGCAUUGGGAAAAGUCAGGGCUGCUAAAGCGCCUAGCUCUAAAGAAAAAGAUAUUUCAGGAACCCAAGAGAGCCAAUCAAGUGGAUCAGGUUUUGGUUGAAUAUUCCAAGUGCAUCAAGAACUGCAGUCAGUCUGGGGGAGCCCAAAAUGGAGCCCUUCUCUUCUCUGUGGUUGGAGGGAAAAUGAGCGAAGGGAUUAACUUCUCUGAUGACCUUGGCAGGUGCAUUGUGAUGGUGGGAAUGCCGUAUCCAAACAUCCGAUCCCCAGAGCUUCAAGAGAAGAUGUCCUAUCUAGAUAAAACUCUGCCCAAGACAGAGGGAGUCUCUGCAGGCAGAGUCCUCAUUGAGAAUCUGUGCAUGAAAGCUGUAAAUCAGUCUAUCGGGAGAGCCAUCCGACACCGAGGGGAUUAUGCCAGCAUUGUGCUGUUAGAUCACAGGUAUUCCCGUCCAGCCAUCCUCGGGAAGCUUCCUCAGUGGAUCCGAAGCAGCACGCAAGUCAAACCAAACUUUGGGGCAGCAUUUGCAACAAUAAGAAAGUUUUUCCAGCAAAAGAAAAGCCAUUCCGUAUCGAGCUCCUGAGAAGCCUUAGUUACAUCUCGCUCUCGUGUAGAGGUUUAUGUUUCUGCUAUUUAUUAAAAAAAUGGUUUGUACAUACGAUGUGUGUGUGUAUGUUGGAAAUACCUCUGCUGCCACCAUCCUUAUGGAGGCAAAUUCUAAGGCUAAGCCACUUCCAAUAAACAUCAUUACACAUUUA